AUGUCUAGCUUUGCGCACCGGAAUGCUAAAGACUCAACGGGAGGCGAGCAGUCAAUGUUACCAUGUCGACGCAAGGAGACUGGCCAGUUGCUGGCGGUGGAUAUCCUCCGUGGACGACAAACAGAUCAAUACGAAUACUCUGUAGGGUGCUUAAGCGAUGAAACUCCUCUUUGUCAACUUCCGUGCACUCAGGGUGACCUGGCGGCAGUCAAUGGAGCCGAGGUAACAUCACAGAACAUGCGACGGACUCCAAGACACUCAACAGAUCCUUCUGUUCUCUCAAAUCCCGAAGACAUCUUCGAGUCACAUAGUUAUCAGCAACGGCCGAUGAAUAUGGGAUGGAACGGGGUGGUCAGUGAAAGUCGAGGAUACCAAUCCAGGACAGUUUAUGCGAAUCCAUUUAAUUGCCUACCAUCGACUGGAACCUCGCCGACUGAAGAAGCGAAGGACACCCUCAAGGCCAACCAGCUAAGUGUUCAAAUAGACAAACGUGGAUCCACAAACAGUGUUGUUGAAAAAGUGUCAAAUUCAACGGUGAAAUCAGAACAGAAGAAAAAACCCUACGAAGCCCCGGCCUUCAGACUUAAACAUCCAGCCAGGACCUACCGAUUAGCGGACGUGUCUACCUUGCACCCCGCUGGUGCGCACGCCAACAAACACAUGAGUAUGAAGUCUCUGCGACAGCAUUCGCCCUGGAAAAGCUUUGUCCAGGAGUCCACAGUUCCUGACGUACCAGUGUCCGAUUUCACGGAUACGGGCACAAAGAAGAUGACUGCACAGUCAACCGUGAAAACAGGAUCUUUGAUAAGGACCUCGGCUUCACCGAAGCAGCCCGUGUCAGCGGAAAAGUCAGUUUCAUGGAAGGACGACAAGCCGCAAGCAAGGACAGACUGCCAGUCCACUAAAUGUGGUUCCGUUGACCUGCAGGCCUCUCAAAUGGACGAGUUGGUGACGGUUUUGGCUAAGCUCUGCGACGCACUAGAAAACUCGCCGAUGUUGACGCCGCAGGGCAAACGUGACACUUUGCCAGACACUGGUCUGAUUAGUGGACCUCCGACGGCCACGAAACCCGGAGAUGGCAGAGGACGAAGCGCCGAUGCUUGUCAUGAAACAAAGCAACUCGCUCACCGAACAGAGAAGGUUAUCGUGGAGGUGAGAGUGGUCUUCCUCAAAAUCGGAGAAAUCGACACCUUGAAGGAGUUCUACCAAGCGGACGCCUUCCUGCAGACGAAGUGGCGUGAACCGCGACUAGACGGGAGAAGCCCUGAGGUAAGCCGCUUGGAGCACAUUAAUUUUGAUGUUGCGCUAGGGAAAAGCACUCAGAGCCGGAGACGAUUAAUGGGCAUUGCGUUGGACUUGGACAGGUACUGGAACCCGCUUUGUUACAUCGACAAUAUCCUAUCAGAGACGAAGGAGGUUCAGUGGAUCUCCACAGUAACUGGGCCGAACAGUGAGGUCUACAUUGUUGAACGACGUCGCAUAAAAGGCGUGUUUCUGGAGACUCUGGAACUGAACGACUUUCCACUGGACGUUCAG